CUGUAACAUGGCUUUAUCCUUGGCGUUACCCUGUUGCCGCCGCUUUAGUCGCAGUAUUUAACCAUUUAGCAGCCUGAAGUCCUGUGGUUGUAAUAGUUCGGAGUUUAUUUACUUACCGGCUCCUCUAAGUGAGUUGUCAUGAGCGGAACGACUGCUUUGACGCGAGCCACAGCGAUCAGGCAGCUGCGGUCGCUUCUGUGUCCAUGCGGCACAGGCGUGUUGCACGGUCGUCGCGGGAACCGCACGAAAGCCCUGACCUCCGAUGAUCAGUUGCCCGUGUUUCAGUACACGGGAGAAAAGACCAAGCGUAGGAAACGGGUCUACGCCUGGGGCAGCUGCCUGACGGGCGCCUUGGGUCACGACAAACUUGUGCGACCGAAGCUCGGACACGCGCCCCGCUCUGGACACCACAAGCCGUACAAGCUGCCUUUCUCCGAGUUCUACACGGUUGACGACGUGGCCUGUGGCUAUGGAUUCACUUUGCUGUCAGCGCAAGAAGACAAAAUUAAGAAUCCCUGCAAGGUUUACGGCACCGGCAUCAACACGGACUUCCAGAUCGGCUAUCAAUGCGCACGCAGAGGGCAUCCCCUGAAGGUAUUGACUGAGCCAGUCGGCAUCCCACUGCCAUUAAAGAGCGAGUCAACGCGCAUCUUACGCGUCGCUUGUGGCCGUUCACACAGUAUAGUGCUUACGGACAAGGAAGGUGCAUUUUCAUUUGGGAACAACUCAUUCGGACAGUGCGGCCGACCGGUUGUGACGGACGAGAGCCCCGAGAGCUGUGCCACCCCUCGUCAAAUUCAAGGCAUUCGUGGGAAAAUCGUCGAUGUGGUUUGUGGGCAGGACCACACGCUCUUUCUCACGGAUGAAGGGGCUGUGUACAGUUGUGGAUGGAGCGCCGAUGGGCAAACUGGGCUUGGCAUCUAUGGCAGCCAGGGCACACCGAAGCGCGUCAAUGGGGACCUGAGCGGAGUCCGUAUUGUCCGAAUAGCUGGAACUGUAGACUGUAUCCUGGCCGUGUCGGACUCUGGUGAUCUGUUUGGAUGGGGGAAUUCCGAGUAUGGCCAGUUUGGAAGGCAAACAGAUGACAAGCAGAUGUGCUUUGCGAGGAACCUGAACUUCCCACAUGGAAAAGUGAAGGCUGUUGCCAGUGGAGGAACAAUGUGUGGAGUAGUCACAGAAAGCGGUGAUGUCUACGUGUGGGGAUAUGGCCUGCUUGGCUUAGGGCCCGAAGUGUCUGUCAAGACCAUUCCAACUCUGCUUCCCAGGCCCCUGUUUGGAGCAAAUCGCUUUGCCCCUGACACCCAGGUCAUUGACCUGUUCUGUGGUCUCAACCACUUUGCAGCCCUAAACAGUAGAGGAGAGCUGUACACUUGGGGAAAGAAUAGAAAUGGCUGCCUUGGCCUCGGUCACACCAUGGAUCAACAUUUUCCGUUCAGGGUUUGCCUCACAGCGAAGAUUCUGAAGGUCAGCUGUGGUGUGGACCACACAGCCGUGCUGAGCCAAUCCUUGUGCUGACAUGAACAUUGUGGUUCCUAGACAUGAAAAUUAGUCAUUGGAUGUCAGUGCUGACAUGUGUCAUUGGUGUUAAAGGACUUAUCACACGUAAACACAACAAAGACUUUUGUUUUUCUGUGGUGUGUUCUGAAAAUAAUAAUAAAUGUGUGUUUGUAGUCACGUCA